AUGGUGUGGGGGCUUCAGGUUCCUAACAAGUUUAAGCAUUUCAUCUGGCAAGCGUGUAAUAACGCUUUUCCAACUAUGAGUAACUUGUUCCGGAGAAAAAUCACACCAUCUGAUCAGUGUGAGCUUUGCAAACUUUAUCCUAAGGAUCCGUUGCAUGCUAUCUGGUCAUGCAGAGAAGUGGAGACCGUUUGGAGCUCAUCCCACUGCUUUAACCAAGCAAAUCUCCCCCAACCCCAAAGUUUUACCGACUUACUCUCCCUUUUUUUGCAGGUUAAGGAGGACCAUAGAAAGGAGGUGUUUUCCAUUGUAGUGUCGCUGCUGUGGAACCAACAAAACACCAUCCACUUCGAUAGACCUGUGAAAGCUACGGACCAGAUUCUAUCAAUGGCAGGAAACUUGCUGCAAGAUUUUCUAGCAGCCCAGCAGAUUGAACCGGUCAUCCCAUCCCCACCUACAUUGCAACAUUGGACCAAACUUGACUUACAAUAUCAUAAAGUCAACUUCGAUGCUGCAAUGUUCAGGGAGGCGCAUUUGCCUAGUAUCAGUGUCGUUGUUCAGGAUUGGAGAGGCGAGUUUGUUGGUGCAUUAUCUUCCUCAAUGUUGCUGACUCAUUCGGUUGUUGAAAUGGAAGCUUUAGCGUGCCGAAAAGCUAUCGAAUUUGCUAUAGAAAUUGGAUUACAGAGAGUGAUUUUUGAAGGGGACUCAGCUAUGGUUAUCAAUGCUUUAAACCAAAACAAUGUUGGUCUCUCAUCUUACGGUGCCGUCAUAGAAGACAUUCGCAGUCUAGCUUUGGUGUUUGAGUCAUGUGUUUUUGCUCAUACCAGUCGAGUUUGUAAUAGUGUGGCUGAUGCUAUUGCAAAAAAAGCAAAAGCUUUUAGGAGUGCUCUGGUCUGGUUGAACGGCCCACCUGAUGACAUAGUGUCCUUGCUUCUAUUUGAUGUUCACUGA